ACUGUCUUGAGCCAGCGAGAGGUGGGGGUGAAGUUGAGCCAAGCCAGGAUUAGCUGGGGCGGGCCUGGAAGCUUCCAGGGCUGCAGGGUGGCUGGAGACGGGGUGUGGAUAGGCAAAGGUACCAUGCCACUGCAGGACGACACCCUCCGAGAGGUGUGGGCCUCGGACAGCGGGCACGAGGAGGAAGACCGGAGCCCGGUGGAGCAGCGCACCAAGCAGCGACAGAAGUUGAGGAAGAAGAGGACAGAGGCCCCUGAGUCCCCCUGCCCCACGGGAUCCAAGCCCCGGAGACCUGGAGCGGGGCGGAGGGGGAGGCCGCGGGAGGAGCCCGUCCAGGAGCCCGCGGAGGCCCGGGCGCCGCAGACGGUCUACACCAAGUUCCUCAGGGACCCCGAGGCCAAGAAGCGCGACCCCCGGGAGACCUUCCUGGUAGCCCGCGCCCCAGACGCGGAGGACGGGGAUGAGGAGGAGGAUGAGGAGGACCUCGAAGAUAAAGACAAAGAGGGGGAGGAGGAAAAGAAAGAGAAAAUCCAUCUGCCUCCCAAGAAGCCCCCUAAAGAGAAGGCUUCUGCAGACGUCAAGGAGAGGAAGGCCAAGGCCCAGGAUCUGAAGGGUGACCUGGGAAGCCCUGUCCCCCCACCAAAACCUCUGCGCAUUAAGAAGAAGGAGGUGCCAACAGGGGAAGGAACCAAGAUAAGAAAGAUAAAGAAGAAAGGGUCCGGGGAAGCUGACAAGGACCACUCAGCAAGCCCGACCAGAGUGAGUAAGAAGAUGCCAGCAGCCAUGUUUUUGGUUGGGGGGGAUGGCCCAGCGGAGAAAGCUCUGAAAAAGAAAGGCACUCCCAAAGGCUCAGAGGAGGAAAGGAACGAGGAAGAGGAUAAGAAGGAAGAGGCAGCAGCUGUGGUGACCAAGAACAGCAAUCAGAAGGGGAAAGCAAAAGGAAAAGGCAAAAAGAAAGCGAAGGAGGAGAGGGCCCCAUCCCCACCUGUGGAAGUGGACGAGCCCCGGGAGUUCGUGCUUCGACCUGCCCCCCAGGGCCGGACAGUACGCUGCAGACUGACCCGGGACAAGAAGGGCAUGGACCGGGGCCUGUAUCCCUCCUACUUCCUGCACCUGGACACGGAGAAGAAGGUGUUCCUCUUGGCCGGCAGGAAACGGAAACGGAGCAAGACAGCCAAUUACCUCAUCUCCAGUGACCCUACCAAUCUGUCCCGAGGAGGGGAGAAUUUUAUCGGGAAGCUGAGGUCCAACCUCCUGGGGAACCGCUUUACAGCCUUCGACAAUGGGCAGAACCCGCACCGCGGAGGCAGCACUGAUGUGGGGAGCCUCCGGCAGGAGCUGGCAGCUGUGAUCUAUGAAACCAACGUGCUGGGCUUCCGAGGUCCCCGGCGCAUGACGGUCAUCAUUCCUGGCAUGAAUUCCGAAAACGAGAGGGUCCCCAUCCGGCCCCGAAAUGCCAGCGACGGGCUGCUGGUGCGCUGGCAGAACAAGACACUGGAGAGCCUCAUUGAGUUACACAACAAGCCCCCCAUCUGGAAUGAAGACAGUGGCUCCUACACCCUAAACUUCCAAGGCCGAGUCACCCAGGCCUCAGUCAAGAACUUCCAGAUUGUCCAUGCUGAUGACCCCGACUAUAUCGUGCUGCAGUUCGGCCGCGUGGCGGAGGACGCCUUCACCCUAGACUACCGCUACCCGCUGUGCGCUUUGCAGGCCUUCGCCGUCGCCCUCUCCAGUUUCGACGGGAAGCUGGCCUGCGAGUGA